AUGGAUAAGCUUACCGCCCCGGAACCGGCAGAACAACGGGGCUCCGAGCCCGCCCCGGCCACACCUGUCAACACUGCUUCCUAUAACUAUCAACUUCCUGGCCCUUUGAUUACUUCUCCUCAAGACCAUCUCCUUGAUUCAAACGCCUUUAUUGAAUCAUACAACAGUCAAGUACAAUUCAUUCCCAGCAUGGCUGACCGUUUCCCUUCCCUAGAGGACUUCUCUGAGGGCCAAACCGAAGUAGCCGACGUCCAAGCCACCACCGAUGAUGAUUUCCUUGCCCGUGAGCGUGCUGCGCUCGGUGAAGAUGCAGAGCAAUUCGCUACUUCUCAAGACCACGUUGCCGGCGCGAAUGUAGGCACGAUGGAUGACGACCUGCUCGGCGGAGGUGAUGAGCCCACUGAGGAAAUUGGCCAAUUUGAAUCAUCCUUCCCCUCCGUUGCGACACAGAACCAGAAUGAGAGCGCGCAGGAACCUGAGGAUGAGGGAGAUGCUGUUCGUGAAUGGCGUGAGAAGCGUGAUUCUGAGAUCGCCCGCCGUGCAGAGGUCUCCGCCGAGAAGAAGGCCAGUACCGUCAAGAAGGCACAAGAGGAUAUUGACGACUUCUACGUUUCCUACAACAACAAGGCCGAUAAGAACCGCUCCCACGCCCGCGCCGAGGCCGAACAGUUCCUUGCCAACCGGGAGGAUACCUCUGCGGGUGGCACCAGCUGGGAGCGCAUUGCUAAGCUGGUUGAUGUAUCGGGCAAGGGCUCCGCGGGCGGUGCCAGCGGCUCCGGCAAGGAGCGUUUCCGUGAAUUGUUGAUCGACCUCCGAAAAGACCAGGAGGCUCCCGGCUCCAGCGGAAUCUAG